AACAAACAUUGACUUUUAAAAACUAAUUUAUAAAAAACUUUAAAAUGACCGAAUUAGCCUUUCAAUGAAACGGGCGAUUACUAGACUGUUUUCAAAAAUAAGUUCUUCAGAUACCUCUACAACCAUGUCACCAGGACGUUUUUUUGUCAAUUCCAUGUCGGAUCUUGCCCAGGGCGAGCUUGUAAAACCUCUGACGGAGGCAGUGGUAAAGCCAACUUUAAAUGAAAUGGUAAAUAAGAUCACAACAAAGUAUAAGGCGACUUUAAGAAAUGCUGAGGAUGGUUUAUAUCUUGGAACGGCAGGAAUAGCUUACAUGUUCUACCAUUUAAGUAAGAUUGAUGCGUUAAAAGAGCACCGUGAGAUUUAUUUGCAACAAGCUGUAGACUACAUAAAACCUGCUCUUGAGCUAUGCUUAAAAAAGCAUGUUCAAAAAUCAGAUUUACCAUCAUUUCUGCUUGGAAAUGCAGGAAUUUAUGCCAUUGCAGCUGCUAUAUUUAACACACAACUUGAUUUUAGUGAGAGCACAAAAAAUUUAAAUUUAUACAUUGAAGCUGGCAAGAUCUGUAAAAAUAUUGAGUUUUUAAGUUGUGGUUCUGACGAAUUAUUUGUUGGUAGAGCUGGAUAUUUAUGUGGUGCUCUUUGGCUUCAAAGAGAACUUGGACAUAAUUUCAAUCAAGAUGAUCUAUACGAAUUAUGUCGUGUUACAGUGGAAUCAGGGCGCAAUUAUGCUCAACGUUAUAAUUUUCCAACACCAUUGAUGUACUCAUAUUAUAAUGUAGAGUAUUUAGGAGCUGGUCAUGGUUUAGCUUCAAUUUUGUUUUACGUCAUAUCCGUACCAGGAUAUAUAGAAGCAAAUCCAAAAGAUGCGCGUGAUAUUCGAGCUAGCAUUGAUUAUCUUUUAUCCCUACAAGAUUCCGAGGGCAAUUUUCCAACCGCAAUGGAUGAAAUAAACUCUGCACAUAACGAAUUGGUUCACUGGUGUCAUGGUGCUGGGGGUACAGCUUAUCUUUUUGCUAAAGCUUACCAAAUUUGGAACGAUCAAAAAUAUCUGGACGGCAUAAAACGUUCUGCUGACUUAAUUUGGAAGAAGGGUUUGCUGAAGAAGGGACCUGGUUUAUGUCAUGGAAUCGCUGGAAAUGGAUAUGUAUUUUUACUUCUAUAUCGCCUCACCCACGAUUUGAAAUAUUUACAUCGAGCGAAUUGUUUCUUCCAUUUUAUGUACAACGAUGAAUUUCAAAAAAAAGCUCGUACACCUGAUAAUCCUUAUAGUUUAUAUGAAGGCUUAGCUGGAACUGCUUGUUAUGUUGGAGAUUUACUUAAUCCAGAAAAGUCCGAAUUUCCUUUUUGUGAUAUAUUUUCUUAAUUAUUUCGAAGAUGUAUAUUAUAUAUAUAUAAUUUAUAAAUUAAACAGUAAAAAUAAAUCUUA